AUGAAGAUGUUCUUUGUUCUGGUUGUUGUGGUUAACUGCCUGCAAAUAUCCAUGACCCAGACAACAGACAUCGAGUACGGAGAUGUUGUAUUUCUGGUUGACAGCUCCAGCAGCAUGGGAAAUAAAGCCUUCAACCAGGCAAAAGCCUUCCUUGCCAAAACAAUUACUCAGUUGCCAGUAGGGUUGGACAAAUUUCGUAUUGGCUUGGCACAGUACAGUGAUGACAUGCAUGUUGAAUUUUUGCUAAACACAUAUAAGACAAAAAACCCGAUUUUGAAUUAUCUUAAGAAAAAAUUUAAUUUUAAAGGUGGAUCUUCACAGACAGGUAACGCUAUCGCAAAGGUACAUGAGACAUUUUUUAAAGGACUUAAUGGCAGAGACAAAUCUCAAUUUCCACCUGUUCUUGUUGUGAUUCUGUCUGGAUCUUCACUGGACGACAUACGGGUCCCAUGCGCUUCUUUACGAGACAGUGGUGUCCGUGUCAUUUCACUGGGUCUACCUGGGACUCCUGUAAGCCAGCUGCAUACCAUUGCUUCAGAUCGUAGUUUUGCUUUUCAGAUGGAAAGUGUUCGGGAAAUGAUUGAGUUUUCUGAUGAAAUGGCAAACAAAAUUCAUGAUGCAGUAAAACCGGCAUAUUCCAUACAAGCAGAGGACACAACACUUCAUACAGCAUUUCCUGCACUUGGGAGCACAACUGAUUUUCCUGACCUUACCAACAAAAUGGAUACAAAUUCUGCAGACGUCAAACAAAAGUACCAUUGCAAACGAGGUGUGGCAGCAGACAUAGCCUUCCUGAUCGACACAUCUCGUCACACACCGGCAGAGAGUGAGAAUGUGAAAAAAUUCCUAAAUGAAAUCAUAUCUGGCUUAGAAAUAACCAGCUACUGUGUCCACGUCGGAAUGGCAACAUACAGCAGCAAAGCAAACAUAAUAGCAUCCUUCGCCGAAGGAACAAAUAAAACGUUAGCUUUGCAGUUUGCAAAUGACAUUUCUCCUAUUGAUGAAGACACUGUAAAUACCGGUGCUGCCAUAGAUUUCACAAGAGAGUUCCUUUUCGAUGAGGAAGGUGCUAGUAGAAAUCUCCAGGGAAUUGAGCAGAUUGCAGUCUUGGUGACUCAUAGUUCAUCUUCUGACAGUGUUUCUGAGGCCGCUCAUCUCCUUCGGAACAAUAAUGUAAGAGUAUUCGCUGUUGGCAUAGCAAAAUCCAACAAGACCCAACUGAGUCAGAUUGUCUCUUAUCCUACUGAUCGCUACCUUGUCGAUGUAAAGACAUUCGCUGACUUACCUUCUCAAGCUGAAACGUUACUAAAGAAAAUUCAGAAUGUAAUUGAAGAAGACAUAAUAACUUCUGCAAGAAAAACUGACCUGCUUAAAGACGGAUGUUUGGCCACAGAACUAGCUGAUUUGUACUUGCUUAUUGAUGGUUCAGAAAACAUUCAUCCCGAUGACUUCAGAAGCAUGAAGAUGUUUUUGAUGGAGCUGGUAGAAAUGUUUAAUUUAGGACCUCACAAGGUUCGAGUUGCUGCUGUCCAGUAUUCAAAUGUAACCCAACUGGAAUUUGGCAUUUGGACUGAAUAUAGCAAAACUGACUUAAAAUCAGCUCUAAUAAACAUUAGGCAGCUGAAAGGAGAAGCCUUCACAGGAGCAGCAAUAAAUUACACCCAUGAAAUAAUAAUGGAUCCAAAGAAUGCUAGAGAGGUGAAUGUGUCAAAGUACCUGAUUGUUCUUACAGGUGCAGCAUCACAAGAUAGCGUCAAGGAAGCUGCUCAGAUUGUGCACAAUGACAAUAUUAAUGUUUAUGCAAUUGGAGUGAAAGACGCUAGUGAAACUCAACUAUUCGAGAUUGCACACAACAAUAAAAUGGUUCACUUUGUACAAGACUACGAUUCCUUGAAGGACAUCAAGAACCAGAUAGCACGUCAAAUCUGUUCAAAGGAAGCUUGCAGUGAACUUCAGGCUGAUGUCAUGUUCCUUGUGGACAGUUCUGGGAGUAUAGGAGAUGCCAACUAUAUAAAAAUGAAGACUUUUAUGAAAAACCUGGUAAAUAAAACUGAGGUUGGGCCUAACAAAGUACGAUUUGGAGUAGUUCAGUAUAGCGACAAACCCAAUGAAGAGUUUCAGUUAGACAAACACCUGACCACAGCUGAAAUUUUGGAUGCUAUAGACAGCAUGUCAUACAUUGGCGACACCACAUAUACUGGAGAAGCGUUGAAAUAUUUGCCUCCAUAUUAUACAGCGGCUAAAGGAGCAAGGUCUAAAGUAAAACAAUUCCUCAUAUUAAUUACGGAUGGAGUAUCACAUGAUGAAGUAAAAACACCCGCGGAUUCCCUUCGAGACAGCGGAGUGAUCAUCUUUUCUAUAGGUGUUUUCAAUGCUAAUAAGACACAGCUUUAUGAAAUAAGUGAAAAGGCUGAGCGAGUAUUUUACUUAGAGUCAUUUGACACUUUGAAGACUAUAGAAGAAAAACUAUUUUUUGGAAUAUGCAACCCUCCCGAAGGUUAUGCGCGGGAUUCCAUCGUAAAUAAAUCAGACAUUGGUCCAAAUAAUGUUCAGUUUGGAGCCCUUAAAUACUCAGAUGAUCCAACCAAGUUGUUCUUCCUGAACACGUAUAGCAGCAAAUUGGAUAUUAUCAAUGCAAUUCAAAGUGAUAUUUCAAAGGGAGGCAACACGUACACAGCAAAGGCACUAAACUUUUCUGAGAUGUUUUUUUCAGAGAAACAUGGCAGUCGGAGGCCUAAAGUCCCUCAGUUCCUGAUAGUAAUCACUGAUGGUGAAUCCCAUGAUCGCGCUAGUCUGAAAGAAGUAUCAACAUCGCUACAAAACUUAGACAUAACCAUAUUUGCAAUUGGGAUUGAUAAGGCAAAUACUGAGGAGUUGGAAAUAAUGGCAGGGACAAAGGGCAAAUCAUUCCUUGUCGAUUCCUUUAGUGGCUUAAAUGACAUUUUUCAGAAUGUAUCACAGGCCGUGUGCAAUAAUACAGAAUGUAAAAUUGAAGAAGCAGACUUAGUUUUCCUUAUCGAUGGCUCCACCAGUAUUUCUCCUGGAGAUUUUGAGAAAAUGAAAAAAUUCAUGAUAUCUGUGGUUUAUGAUUUUGAUAUUGCCCCUGGUAGAGUUCAUGUGGGAGUUGCUCAGUACAGUGACCUUUACAAUCUACAUUUUAAUGUUACAUCAUUUAUGAAAAAGGAAUUGGUAAAGAAUGAAAUUGAAAAAAUCAACCAAACACGUGGGAACACCCAUAUUGGAAAAGCAUUGAAGGAAACCGAAACUACACUGUUUGGUCCGUCAUCCAACAGCCGCAUUAAGGAGGGCGUUCACCAGCUGUUGAUUGUGAUAACGGAUGGAAAGUCACAAGACGACGUUUCACAGCCUGCACAGGCUCUACGCAGCAAAGGGAUUGAUAUAUAUGCUUUGGGCAUAGGGGAUGUGGACAACACACAACUUGUUCAAAUUGCUGGAUCCCCGCAGACUGUAUUUUCUGUUGCCAACUUUGCUGAGCUUCAAUCUAUUAAACGACGAAUUGUCCGGAAUAUAUGCACACCAAAAGUUACAGCAAAUUGCUCAGUUGAUGUUGUUGUGGGCUUUGACAUUUCAACACAGUCCAGAGGUGCCGCAUUAUUUCAUAGUCAAACUCUUCUGGAAAACCGCCUUCACGAUAUCUUCACACAUAUUACGUCUUUGCCAAGUGCAAGUUGCACUCACGGAGUAAAACCUCAAAUCAGCUUGGCAUUCCAUGUGCAAAAUGCAAAGGAGUAUAUCUCACCGAAUUUUCACAUCUACAGCCCCGACAUAGUCAAGCACUUAAAGGAAAUUGAAAUCAGUGCCCCUUCAAAUCUUGACUCUAAUGCUGUCAUGUCCAUGUGGAGCACUUUCCAAAAUGCAAACAGAGCAAAGAUGCUACUUAUCUUCACUGAUGGACUGGAUGAGGAUACUAACCUCCUUCAAAAAACCACGGAGGUGCUCAGAAGCAAAGGACUGAAUGGAGUAAUUACUGUUGCAUUAGAAGGCACAAACAAUUUUCAUGACAUCAAGCACAUAGAGUUUGGCAGAGGCUUUAAUUACAUGGACCAGUUGCAUAUUGGAAUGUCAAACAUUGGAGAAAUGAUAGCUAAACAGAUGUCUCAUGUUGUUGAGAAGACAUGCUGUUGUGUGCUUUGCACGUGCCAUGGCGAACGAGGUGCUGCCGGGAUAUACGGAGACCCUGGGAAAAGGGGUAACAAUGGGGCAAAAGGAGAAAAGGGACAUGUCGGAGAAGAAGGUGAAACGGGUGAAAGAGGUUCACAAGGUUUGGCGGGAGAACAAGGAAGUAAAGGAUGUUUAGGAAUAAAAGGGCCUAAGGGCUACAGAGGAAUUACCGGGGACAGGAACAUACCUGGAGAUCCUGGCCUGGAUGGGCUUCCUGGUGAACAGGGAAAUAAAGGACACACAGGAAUCAAAGGAGAGAAGGGUGAAAGAGGAGAAAAUGGAAGCCAUGGGCGCAAAGGAGAACCAGGACAUAAAGGAGCUAAGGGACUUCGAGGAGACUUGGGCGAGCCUGGAACCGAUAAUACAACCUCAGGCCCCAAGGGAGACAAAGGAGAUCCAGGAAGUGAGGGUGAACCUGGAAUUGAAGGAGAUAUAGGAAUACUCGGAUCAAAAGGAACCGGAUCUUUACCUGGCAGAAGAGGAAUUCUAGGUCCAAAGGGAGUGAAAGGAAGUGAUGGGGAACCUGGAUUUGUAGGUGACCAAGGACUCAAAGGGCAUGAGGGAGAAAUUGGUAUUCCUGGAAUAAAGGGUGAAAAAGGAUUGAGAGGACCAAAUGGGGUUCCAGGUACUUUUGGGGCCGAGGGCAGUAAAGGAAACCCUGGGAAUGCUGGUGCCAAGGGAAAGACGGGAGAACCUGGAGAACUUGGCGAUAAAGGAGACCCUGGACCAAUGGGACAACGAGGACCUGAGGGGGAAAAUGGCAAGCUUGACUACGGAGGAGUUGGAAAAAGGGGAGCAAAGGGAGAUCGGGGAUAUCCAGGAUAUAGUGGUUUUAAGGGAGCACGUGGAGAUCCUGGAGUGACAGGAGAUCCUGGGAAAAAAGGUGUUGCUGGAAGAUCUGUCCAUGCACAUGGAGGUGGUGUUGGUGAUCCAGGAGCACCAGGACCUCAAGGCCGUAGGGGUAGAAAAGGACAGAAAGGUUUCACUGAGCUGUCGGAAUGUGAUCUAAUCAAUUUUGUCCGUAAUACAUGCUCAUGCUAUCAAGGAAAACAUCUGUGCCCUGCUUAUCCAACUGAACUGGUAUUUGCUCUUGAUGUGUCUGCUGACACCACCCCAAAGAUAUUUACAAAAAUGAAAGAUAUUGUAACAACUUUAUUGGAGAACAUGACUAUCAGAGAAAGUAAUUGUCCAAUUGGAGCCAGAGUAUCUGUGGUAUCCUACAAUCUAAAAACCGACUAUCUUAUACGCUUUUCUGACUUUCAUCACAAAGAGAAACUGAUAAGAGCUGUGAAGGACAUCGCUCUGGCUAACACAGCUAAAGGUCAUGAUAUUGGUGGUGCCAUGAGGUUUGUAGCCAGGAACAUUUUUAAGCGCUCUCUUAAAGGUGCCACUGUCAGACGAAUUGCAGUUAUUUUCAGCAGUGGACCCUCCAAUGAUGUGGUGUCCAUCAACACAGCCAUCAUGGAAUUCAGCGCGCUUGGAAUAAUUCCAGUGGUCAUUGCGUUCACUCCAUUACCAGGACUCAAGCAUGCUUUUACAAUGGAUCUCACUGGAACAUUUCAGCUGAUUGAUAUUGCUGUAGAUGAGGACUACAAUCCUCUACUAAAAACCAUGCAGUUGUGCACCCUCUGUUUUGAUGCAUGUAAACCAGAUGCCCUGUGUGUUGAAAGCAGACCCCGUCAGAUAAGGUCAUAUAUGGACAUUGCUUUCCUUCUGGAUAAUUCACAUAACUUGAAAGAUGAUAACUUUGAUGAGGUGAAGAAGUUCCUGAGCACGGUAAUAGAUCAGCUUGAAAUUUCAUCCGAACCAAAGACUUCUAACACGGGUGACCGGAUGGCUAUAGUGACCAGCAGCUUUCGCGCGUUUAACCAAACCCCUCAUGUUGAGUUUGACUUAUCGACCUACAUUGGCAAGAAUCAAAUCAAGAGUCACUUAAAGGAAACAGCUUAUCUUCUGAGAGAUCCGCCUGCUUAUGGCUUUUCUUUGGACUGGACAGUUGAUAACAUUAUGUCAAAGGUUCCAAAUCCGAGAAGAAAUAAAGUCAUCAUAGCAAUUUUAUCUGGAGAGACGAGUCUUUGGGAUAAGCAAACACUUGAAGAAGCCUCUCUGAAAGCCAAGUGCCAGGGUUAUGCUAUAUUUGUGCUAUCACUUGGUAGACGGUACAAUAAUACAGAACUGACAGAGCUUGCUAGCAUGCCAUUGGACCAUCACCUUCUUCAGCUUGGCAGAACUCAUAAACCUGACCUUGAUUAUGCUGUUAGAUUUAUUCAGAUCUUCCUAAAUUCUGUAAGAGGGGCCAUCAACAAGUAUCCAUCUGAAGAGCUCAAAAGCAAAUGUUCCAGAGUUACCUCACUUAACAGUAGCAGAGACAAAAGGAAGGCGUAACAGAGCCUACGGGACGUGAAAAAAGACACCUAAACUACUGUUUUGUGCCACAGAUACCAAGCCCAGAAAUGAUCUCUAUCCAGCAACAAUAAAAACAAAUAAAAAAAAAUCAAUAUUUAGUGUCUUGCCGUAGCAUAUAAUAUCCAACAUCAAUGUGUCAACCAAAAGGUUUAUCUUCAGUUAGUAAGCCAUAUAAUCAUCGAUUAUUCUACAGACAAUAGUGAAGUAAAUUAGAUCAUUUUCGAUAUGUUUUCACACUUAGAGAAUUAUUUUUUUACGUAGAUAUACUCAAGGUUUACAUUGUGUUUGAAGUAGAGUUUUCUUACCUUAGGAACUCAUAUUCUUCAGACAGACAUC